AUCAAAAUACUGUCUAUACUGCCUACUGAGGUAUUAGUAUUCAGGUGUUAGUAUCAGUUAGUGUUAGUUAAAGUGGUUGAACGGUGUUAGUUUACAUGCGGAUGUGAAAAUAUGGCAAGUUCAUCACGGAAUGCUACAAACAAGAUUUGUUGUUAUGCACAUCCAGAUGCUACACUUAUAGAAGAUUACAGGGCAGGAGAUCAGAUUUGUUCAGAAUGUGGAUUGGUUGUGGGAGAUAGGGUGAUAGAUGUAGGUUCAGAAUGGAGGACAUUUAGCAAUGAAAAAUCAGGAGUGGAUCCAUCGCGUGUUGGUGGACCAGAGAAUCCACUUCUCAAUGGGGCAGACUUGUCUACAAUGAUUGGUCCAGGAACAGGUGCUGCGUCUUUUGACGGUUUUGGUACUGCCAAAUAUCAAAAUCGCCGUACAAUGAGCAGUUCUGAUAGAGCUCUGCUUAAUGCAUUUCGUGAGAUCAAUGGUAUGGCAGAUCGUAUUAAUUUACCAAAAACUAUCGUGGACAGAGCCAAUGCAUUAUUUAAACAAGUACAUGACGGAAAAAACUUGAAGGGUCGCGCAAACGAUGCAAUUGCUUCUGCAUGUUUAUAUAUUGCCUGCCGACAAGAAGGUGUACCACGUACAUUUAAAGAGAUUUGUGCGGUCAGCAAAAUAAGCAAAAAAGAGAUCGGUCGAUGUUUCAAAUUAAUUCUUAAAGCUCUUGAAACCAGCGUGGAUCUCAUCACCACCGGUGACUUCAUGUCCAGAUUUUGUUCCAAUCUUGGUCUUCCCAAUAUGGUACAGAAAGCCGCUACACAUAUUGCUAGGAAAGCAGUAGAGAUCGACAUUGUACCUGGAAGAUCGCCCAUCUCUGUUGCCGCUGCAGCAAUUUACAUGGCGUCACAGGCAUCAGAAGACAAGCGGUCACAAAAGGAAAUUGGUGAUAUUGCUGGCGUCGCGGAUGUUACAAUUCGACAAUCGUAUAAAUUAAUGUAUCCACAUGCUAAUAAACUCUUCCCAGAAGAUUUCAAAUUUGCCACACCAAUUGAUCAGUUACCACAAAUGUAAAAAUAAAAACAAUUUUACUUUCUUCUUUCAAAAUACAUUUGAUCGUUUUAAAGAAAUAUUUGUUUUCCAUCACAAGCAGAUUAUGUAUAAUGUCAUUAUUUUUAUUAAUAGGGUAUAUUCCUAACAAACUUGUACAAUUCAAUAAUUUUUUAUUUUACAGUAAAUAGCGUAUUAAUAUUUUUUUUCUUUCCUUUAUUUUAUUCAGAAUGUAUUUUUCAAAGAUGUAUUAGAGUGCUUAGAUGGAAUAACUUAAUAUUUAUAUUUUACACUUUACGAUUAAAAAAUUUUUUUGUGUAGUUCAUACUUUUCUCAUAUACCAUGCAACUUACAAAGAAAGGAUUCUAACUCAGAAAUUCAAUAUGAAAUUUUGGCAGUACAUAAAGGAUAUUCUGAUAUAUAAUAAACAAUAUUUUGCUAUUUAAAUUCACUAUAAAAAAGUGAAAUUAAGAUUGAAGAUUAGCUCAAUUUUUGUUUUUAUUUUCUUAUUUUUUUUAAUAAGAUUUAUCAAUUAGGAAACUUAUCAAUUAUUUAAAGAAUUAUAAAAUAUAUAUAUAUACACAAAAGCAGAAACAAUAUUAAAAUUACGGAAUAUUGAAAUUACUUUCGUUGUUCUUGUUUUUGUUUAUAUAUUUUGCAUAAUUUUUUAAACAAUUGAUAAAUUUUAUUUAAAAAAAUAAAUUUUUUCUAUAAAAUUUUAUUCUAUCUUCUUUCUUUGGUGAAUAAUAAAAAUAAAAGUUACAAACAGGCUAACAUUCAAAAGUUGAUUUUACUCCAGAAUGAAUUGGAACAGCACAAAAAAUGUUUACAAUGUCAGGAUAUAUUUUACUGUACUCUGUACUAUCAGUUGCAUAAUUUUUUUAAAUUUCUAAGGCGUCUUUCCUUGUUAGUUUUCUAUUAUUUUGUUAUAUUUGUAAAUUUAAUUAUUGUAAAUGAUGAAAACAAUUGAAUUUAUAAUUUAAGAGAAAAAGAGAAGUUUAUUCUGUACUAUGCAAUUAUAGCGAAUAAAACAGUUUUUUAAACUAUUAGAAAACAAA